AGAGCUUUUUUUAUUUUAACGUCCAUCUCUUCUACUACUUGCGAGCCAAGGCCAUCUCGACGAUUGCAGCUGCGUGGCGGCAUUUCGCACCAAAGCCUCGCUGCUGUUUCCGAUCAUUUCAAACCUAACUUUCUUUUUUACCAAUCCUCACCUUAUCUUCAUCCUCAGGUGAAAAAGAAUCACAUCUGCAACAAUGGAGAGGUUUCCAGUAUUCCGGUCCAAGUCGGACUCGAUGUCAUCGAUUAACACCAUCAGCUCCUUCACAAGUACACACAAGGGUGAGUGGUUACCGGCACCGGCACAAUCGCGGCAAAAAGUGCGGUUAAGGACCCUCCUCGGCCAUUGUUUCUACAGGAGAGUUAUACUAUGGUCUCUGGCAGUCACCACACUUGGCCUUUGGGUAUAUUUCACCAAGAGAGGCCAUUCGUUCGACAUUGCCCGGUUGAGAACAGACGAUCGUCAAGAGACAAAAGAGCAAAAGACCAACGACAAUGAGGGGAGAGACCCGCUACACUGGCUCAAGUACAAGCACCUUGAUGGAUACUACCGUGGGUUGAGGACACUGGUCCCCAUCUCGGAACAUAAACCCGAGUUUCCAUUCGUGCCUGGCCGUCAACCGGCAACGACGACGGUGACGUCUGCUCAUUUGCCGACGCCCACCGUAUUCGUCCCGCAACCGAACUACGAUUCUAAAGAAUACAAGUCAACGUACCAUCCUGUGCAGACGUGCUACAUCGACGAGUUCAAAAAGGUGCCCGCUCCGGAUUUGUACGCAUACAAUGGUGUACCGCAGGGAAUGCCCGACCCAGCAAUCGGGUCGCACUCCUUGCUCGGCAUCCGCGACGAUAUCUGCUUCGACAGGUUCUCGCGAUACGGGCCUUAUGGGCUUGGCUACUCGGAGGAGGAGGGCGGCCUGGGGGAGGGCCUGGACACCGAGAGUGAUGGCUCCGAGACGAUCUGGUCCAAGACAGGCAAGAUUGACUACCGCAAUGUGGAUUGGGGCCGGGCGCAGGAGCAAUGUGUAACGGACAACAGGAAGCGUUUCGACGUCAACGCCGGGCGCGAGCGUAAGAAGGUCGACCGCAUCGCCGUCGUUAUUCGCACUUAUGUCGGGUUCGAGUGGACGAGACAUGCCGUCAUCAACUUCCGUGCCAUGAUUUCCGAGCUCUCACUGAGGUCUGGCGGCGAGUACACGGUGCACUUUCUUCUCCACGUCAAAGACAACACCCUUCCAAUCUGGGCCGAUGCUGAGACCCGGCAGCAGCUGCUGGAUGAGAAUAUGCCGCGCGAGUUCCACUCCAUGUGCACUCUCUGGUCCGAGGCGCAAAUGGAGCUGCUGUACCCUGGUAGCUGGGGUGAGGCCGUCGAAAACCAGUCCGGGCAGUCGAUACACGGCGUUUAUCGGUCGGCACACUUCCCGCUGCAGCACUUUGCCAUGACGCACCCCGAAUAUACGCACUUCUGGAACUGGGAGCUGGACAUGCGCUACCUCGGCAACUACUACGAAUUGUUUGAUCGUCUAGGCAGCUGGGGCCGGGACCAAACGCGUAACCACCUGUGGGAGCGGUCGGCCAAGUACUAUGUUCCCACGGUGCACGGCGACUGGGCCAACUUCACCGAGCUGGUGGCCCAGACGACGCGAAAGGCCGGCAAGAGGCCAAUCAUGGGUCCUGUUUACUUCCCCGGCCGGACCAGAAUCAGAGCCGAGGAGCGUUCCGAAACCUUCAUGCCGGCGAGUUGCUUCAGCUCUCCGGGCGACGGGUCCCCGGGCGUGGCGGCGGACAACAGCGACAGGUGCGGCAUAGGCGAGGAUGCCGACCUCAUCACGCUUAACCCCAUCUUUGACGCUGAGGAGAGCGGGUGGGUGUUCGCCUCAGACGUGACUGGGUGGGACCUGACUCAGCAGACACCGCCACGGCGUUGCGCCAUCGUGACGGCGAGCCGGCUGUCGAGGCGGCUGCUCGAGGUGAUGCACGAGGAGACAUGGCGCUUCCACCACAGCAUGUUCAGCGAGAUGUUCCCGGCGGCCAUGGCGCUGCACCACGGACUCAAGGCGGUCUAUGCGCCGCAUCCGGUACUGUUGGACCGCGGUUGGGAGAUGGAGGCCGUCGACAAGCACUUCAACGGCGGUUACGACAACUCUACGAGUGGCCACGGCAGCCCGUUUGACUUCCAAAACGAGCACAACCACAAGGGCACCAGCUGGUACUACAACAGCGAAUUCGCGGGCCUGCUGUGGAGGCGCUGGCUUGGCUUCGCCCAAAUGGACGGUCGCGGUGAUGACGGAGGUCGUGCGGGCGAGGGAACGCUAAGGGGCGGCAAGCUUGAGGAGCAGAGCCCAUGGUCGACGGGAAGGUUGUGCUUGAGGAGCAUGCUGGUGCACCCAAUCAAGUGGGAGAAGCCGAGUGAUGAAUAA